AUGAAAGGCCAUUUGCAGUCUAAUCCAGAUAUUGUAUCUAUUAUGAAAGAUGCACCAGCGAACUCCACAAACCGCAAUUGGGUUGUACAAAAAUUUGGAGGCACGAGUGUCGGGAAGUUUGCUCUCAAUAUCAUUGAUCGAGUUGUCCUUCCCAGCUUAUCUGAACAUAAAGUUGCCGUAGUUUGCUCUGCAAGGAGUAGUUCUACAAAAGUUGAAGGCACAACCAAUCGUUUACUCCGAGCCGCGCGCGACGCAGAAGAUUCCCAUUCGAAACAAUACCUUUCCCUUAUUGAGGCGGUCCGGUUAGAACAUGCCGAAGUAGUGGAGACCCAGAUCAGUUCUGACCAACUCAGAGCACAACUUAUCUCAGAGAUUGACACCGAAUGUGAAAGGGUCCUGAAGGUACUGGAAGCAGCUCAGACACUUGGCGAAAUCAGUGCACGUUGCGUGGAUAAAGUUAUAAGCACAGGAGAAAAACUGAGUUGUCGCCUAAUGGCCGCAUUUCUUCAAGAUCGAGGUGUUGACUCACAAUAUGUCGACCUGUCUGAGAUAAUCGAUUUCCACAUUUCAGGCCAAGGAUUGGAUCAAGGAUUCUACGACAACCUCGCCGCUGCCCUUGGCCGCAAGCUUCGUAGUUGCGAGGACAAAGUUCCGGUCAUUACGGGGUACUUCGGAACAGUUCCUGGAGGGCUUCUUGAUCAGAUUGGACGUGGUUAUACUGACCUGUGUGCGGCUUUGGUCGCCGUUGGCAUUCAUGCUAAGGAACUUCAAGUAUGGAAGGAGGUUGAUGGGAUAUUCACCGCAGAUCCGCGCAAGGUGCCCACCGCUCGUCUUUUACCAGCAAUUACGCCUGCAGAAGCUGCUGAGUUGACAUUUUAUGGCUCGGAAGUGAUCCAUCCUUUUACUAUGGAACAAGUCAUUCGCGCCAAAAUCCCAAUUCGGACUAAGAACGUGAUGAACCCGAAAGGAAAUGGGACUGUAAUAUUUCCUGAUUCCACCUACGAACUAGAAAGAACGACACCGGGACACGACCCGAGAUUAUUCCGUACGAGGAGCCCGAGUCUUCUGCAACGGCCGAAACGUCCAACCGCCGUUACUAUAAAACACAACAUUCUCGUCAUCAAUGUACAUUCGAACAAGCGCUCCCUUUCUCAUGGAUUUUUCGCUGGGAUAUUUUCUGUCCUGGACCGCUGGAAAUUGUCGAUUGAUCUAAUAUCUACUAGCGAAGUUCACGUGUCGAUGGCUCUCCAUUCAGAGAGGCCGCUUUUGAACGGUGUCGGAAGAGAUGAGUACCAGAUCAUCGACGAGGACCUUAAAGGAGCCUUGAAUGACCUUCAGAGAUAUGGAACGGUCGACAUCAUUCCUGGAAUGGCCAUUCUCAGCCUCGUCGGGAAACAAAUGAAGAACAUGGUUGGAGUGGCUGGACGGAUGUUCACCACUCUGGGUGAGAACAAUGUAAACAUUGAGAUGAUUUCUCAAGGCGCAAGCGAGAUCAACAUCUCAUGUGUCAUUGAAGAACGAGAUGCAGACCGUGCUCUCAACAUUAUACAUACGAGCUUAUUCACGUUUCUAGAUUAAAGAAAUGCCUGCGGCAAUCCCUUGGGUCUGUUCUUAUCGGCCUUUUGUGCAGUUCAGCGAAAUCCUUUUGUUGUCAUAGGAGAUUCCAUGUAUCUCUAUUCCUGCAUUUCCUCCCUUUUUCUCUUUUCUUUUCUCUUUUCUUUUUGGCCUUGGAAAACCGGCGGCCUUGAUGUGGUUUACUAGCAUGUUAUAGGAAAGACACUUUUUAGGCUCUUUGGAAGUUUGUUUUUGCAUCGUGGCGUUCUUGAAUCUUUCUGCCUGCUAUUUCUGGUGAGCCUGACAUCUACUUUUUGGGUGGAUAGAUUUCUUUGUUCUCUUCUUCGCAGGCGCUCACGAGCCUAGCGUAUAGAUCAUAAUAUGUUAUGUGGUUCGUUUUGUGGUACGUCAUCACAUUGCAUAAUGACCAAGAAUUUU